AUGAGGAAUGCCGCAUUAAUUUUUCCGCUUCUCGGGGCGGUAUGGCACCAGUCCGUGCUGGGUCUAUUCCCACGAAUGCCUUCGAUCGAGCAUCUGAGUCUGGAGGACCACCAGUUUCGCAGGCUGGUUGACAGGUCAGACCCGUUAUCCGGCAACGGUACCUUUGAGCAGCUGAUCAACCAUAAUGAUACCUCUGUCGGCACGUUUCAACAAUCAUACUGGUACAAUGCUACUUUUUGGAAGGGACCAGGCUCUCCCAUUAUCCUCGUGACUCCCGGCGAAAAUGCAGCCAGCACGUAUGGUCUUUUCCUGACAGAUGGCACGCUUCCUGGCAUGUACGCAAAGGCUGUCGGUGGAGCGGUUGUCCUCAUUGAACACAGAUAUUGGGGACAGUCUAGUCCUUAUCAAAAUUUGACAGUGGCGAAUUUGCAAUAUCUCACAAUCGAUCAAGCUAUAGCCGAUUUUGUCAACUUUGCCAAAAACGUCAAGCUCCCGUUUGACACCAGCGGAGCUACAAACGCGCCCCAGGCGCCGUGGGUUUGGGUAGGUGGCUCUUACGCCGGAGCAUUAGCAGCGUGGAUCGAAAAGUUGGCCCCUGGAGUCUUUUGGGCAUAUCAUGCCAGUAGCGCUCCCGUCCAAGCAAUCUAUGACUUUUGGACAUAUUUCUAUCCGAUACAAAUGGGCAUGCCUCGGAAUUGUAGCCAUGAUUAUGCGGCGAUUGUCGAACAUGUUGACGAUAUUUUUCUCCAUGGGAGCACCCAGGAGAAACAAGAGUUGAAGCAAAUGUUUGCCGUGCAAGAUCUUAACCACGACGACGAUGCUGCUGGCGCUAUCACUGCGCCGAUAACUCUUUGGCAGUCAAUCACGCCUAGAACAGGAUACUCCCAAUUCUAUCAGAUGUGCGACGCGAUUGAAGGGGCCGUGCCGGGUCGGUCAAGAAACUAUAGUGAUGCUGGCGUUGGAUUGCAACAAGCCUUGCCGAAUUUCGCGAAUUGGUACACGUCGAAAUAUUUGCCAGAUCAUUGUGCGGACUAUGGAUACAGUGAUUGGUCUGGUUCUAUGAAUGUUCAGUGCUUCAACUCACAUAAUACUUCUUUCCAAGUAUAUCACGACCUAUCACCAAAUCACCCUCUUGGCCGCCAGUGGAUCUGGAUGACAUGCAACGAACCAUUUUUUUGGUCGCCGACUGGAGCGCCUCCUGGCCAACCGUCGCUCUUUACACGCCUGGCAACUGCCGAGAAUAUGGAACGACAAUGCCAAGAGUGGUUUCCAACCGAUCAAGGAAAACAUAUGGCCAGUGUCCAGGGAAGAACUGAAGUCCAAGUCAAUGAUCAUACAGGAGGGUGGACCAAUACAGCCACGACGCGUAUCUUGUACUCCAAUGGCGAAUUCGAUCCGUGGCGCUCUGCGUCGGUCUCGUCAAUCUUUCGACCAGGCGGCCCGCUCAGUAGUAGCGAUAGCGCGCCCGUGAUUGUCAUCAAUGGUAGUCGACAUUGCAAUGAUUUGUUCGACUGGAAUGUCGUUGGUAUCAGCAAUCCAGCCAUUGAAGCGGCACAACAGGCUGAAAUCAGUCAGAUCUCGGAUUGGGUGGCGGAUUUCUAUUCCGCCAAGUCCAGCUCGUCGAGACGAGAGUAG